AUGGCGGACGAAAAAAAGGGUGAAAGCGAACACAUCAACUUAAAAGUUUUAGGACAGGAUAACGCUAUUGUCCAGUUCAAAAUAAAGAAACACACACCUCUCAGAAAAUUGAUGAAUGCCUACUGUGAUAGAGCGGGUUUGUCAAUGCAAGUUGUACGAUUCAGAUUUGAUGGCCAACCAAUCAAUGAAAAUGACACACCAACAUCAUUGGAAAUGGAAGAAGGAGACACAAUAGAAGUGUACCAACAGCAGACUGGGGGGUCUUUAGUAUGCAUAUUUUAUAAGCACUUUUUAUUAUUUUCAGCCAACACUGCACAAUACGCUCACUAUGUCUUUAACACAUUAGACCAAGAUCGAAGUGGAUUAUUAAGUUUUGAGGAAUUCGUGACUGGCUUGUCCAUACUUUCGAGAGGAACAUUAGAAGAAAAGUUGCGGUGGACAUUCUCUCUAUACGACAUAAAUGGCGAUGGCUAUAUAACUAAAGACGAAAUGACGGAAAUAGUAACUGCGAUAUAUGACUUAAUGGGCAAAAUAGUCGAACCCACGGUAGACGAUGAAGCUGUGAGGGAGAAGGUAGAAAGGCUAUUUCAGAAGAUGGAUGUAAAUCGAGAUGGUGUGUUGACUAUAGACGAGUUUCUCGACUGUUGCCUCCGCGACGAGGAGAUCAUACGCUCGAUGGGCGUGUUUGACAGCAACUUC